GGAUCGAACCACCAUCUACAUUUGUAAGAAAAGAGGUUGGUGGUUCGAUCCACUUUUUAGUGAGAAAAGAGUCUCCCGCUCAGCGUAGGUCGCUUCGGAUUGUUCUUAGACCGCAAAAGAUAUAUAAUCUAAAGGUUCUUUAUAUUGCUAAUAAAAAUAUUACUGCAUGGAAAACUUCUGCAGUAUCUCUAUUUGAACGUAUCUCUACGUGCAUGGAACAGCUUUCGUUAAAUGGCUUCCGAAGACAGUCAAAUCAUCCUCCUAGGUGUAAUAUCACGAAGUCCUCUCAUGUUCGUAGAAUAACUCAGGUGGUCAUCCCAGAGAAAAUCAUCCUAGUUGAAGGUGGAGAAAAAGUAGGAAAGGGAGAACGAGUUGAAGCAGUUGAAGGUGUAGCGAGUGUAGAUGGUGUAGCGAGUGUAAAUGGUGUAGCGAGUGUAAAUGGUGUAGCGAGUGAAUGA